AGCAUGGGUCUCCAUGGAAACCCCGUGGAACAAACUUUUCCUUGAGUUGAUGACAGUUUUUCAGAAACAUGACAGGAGACAGCGACUACAGCAAGUACGACUUGGCACGACUGCGGGCGGAACUUGAACAAGAGAGAGAAAUGAAAGAAAUGCUUGAAGAGUCAGUCUCUGAUCUGCGCAGUACCAUGUGUGAACUGCAAGAAAGACUGCACAGUGUUGAUGGGGAAGGAAAUGAGUGGAAGACAAGGUAUGAAACACAGAUAGAGCUAAAUGGACAGUUGGAAAGACAGAUGUCACUCAUUCACGAGAGACUGGAGGACCUACGAGGAAACCCCAUGGAUCGACUGGCCUCCAUCCGAUCUUAUGACGACAUGCCAGUAGAGACACUGAGACAGCGCCUGAAGAUCCUGACUGAGGAGAAGUCGGACCUCCAGAGUCAGCUGAUGGACUGUCAUCUCAGAAUCGAACAGGAGGGAAAGGCGUUUCAUAAAACCAAUGAUGAGAGGCGGGCAUACCUUUCAGAAAUCGCCAAGCUGUCCUCCACGCUGGAAGGCCAAAGAAGACAGUACUCCACCCAGCCACAAAGGGCACCAGAGAGCAAACAGAGGAGAGGGAAGCAGGCCAGCAGGAAGGCAGAGGCUGACUCUAACAAAGGCAAAGAGAGAGAAAAAGAUGGAGGAGUGCGUGUGAAAGGAGGAGGUGGUGGUGGUGGAGCAACAGCAGAAAGAAGAGAAGAGAACAAAUCUCAAAGGGGAAGCAGGUUACCCACCUUAAAGUACUACUUGAAACACAAUCCCUAAUUCCUGGAGUUAUAUCCCUUUUAAUGCUGGAAUGAUUGCAGCAGAAACUUGCCAAUUGUUUUUGUUUUUUUCAGUAAAAGAAUUUACUACUAUUUACUUUGUCUUUCUUACUUUGCUUUCAGCUUCCUGUGGCUUUGCUCACAUUUCCCAAAGGCUUGAAACAAUGUGGUUCCUAUGUCGAUUAUCUAUCCGUGUGCCACAGUAUUGUAACUCAGUGUUUAUUAUACAAUGGAUGGGAAAUACAGUGUUACAUUUAUAAUGAAGUCUGGCAUUAUUAUUCCCUUACACAUUUCUUUGUUUAAGCAAGAGUACCUAAUGUUUCAGAGGGGGGGAUAUUACAAGGUUUUGAGGUCAUCUCCUAAUGUGCCAGAAGCUUGCUGAAUCUGACAUUUCUGAUCACUGCAAUUUUUUUCAAAACACCUCCUACGACUUGCAUUACAUAAGCAGCACCACAUUCACCACCCUCGUCCACCGAGCAAACCAGUCACCCCCAUCCCACCUACUGACCGCCUUAAUAAAACUAAGUGUAAGAAAACAGCAUCUAUAUGAGAUGUAGUAGUGAAUAGGAAGAUUGUGAAGAAGUGGGGAGGAUGGGUUUAGUUCUUGUCAGUCUUAAAACAUUGAAUUGAAACAUCUCAUAACGCAGGGCAUGGUCUCAUGGCAUGACUUCAUCAUUUUGUUUUGUCCCGUUAGCUUUCUCUUCCUUGUUCACUGAUUGGCCUGUAAGUACAGUGACGUCAUGUUAAUUAUCUCGUGGAUUGUGACCUAAAAUUGGAGUUUGAGACAAAAGAGCCCACAGGCAAAGAACAAUUCAUAAAGCUGCCUGAACUAUUCUACAAUUUGUAUGUCCAAGACUGACAUGGCAGUGUGUUAUAGUGACAAGGGAACUGGCUCUUUAAUUAGAAGGGCAAAGAUCAAGCCCCAGCGUCAACAAGCAUCCGCUGAUCUGUCUUUUAUCAUGAAUACUCAACCACCUUCACUUUACUGUAAAUUUCCUUAUACGUGAAUUAAUCAUUUUUUUGUGACAAACAUGGGUUUGAAACAUGAACAGAAUAUAUAAAAUAUAUGAAAGUACUCACCCAAAAACUCCACCCAAAAAUGCAAUUUAGCUGUGUAUCACUCACUUCAAUGUCAUGAUUACAAGUAGAUAAUGAAUGAUGGAUAUAAGGACAUUACAUGAUUCACACCUUUAAGCUCUAUAGUUGGAUGUAAUAUCUUAAAUAUUCAAUGAUCUCUCAGUCACUAAUUUAUCGGCAAAUUUAUCCUAUAAACCAAAUCGAAAAAGUA